AUGGCGUUGGUUCACAAUGUUGAAGAAACAUUGAAAGACAGCGUUACAGUGAACGAAGAAACUAAUGGUGGUGAGAAUAAUGAAGAGAAUAAUGGACAAGACGAAGAAAAUAGUUUGAAAGAAGACAGUGUUAGCCACGAAAGCAAGAAAAUUCAAGGAUUAUGUAAUAACAAGAAAUCUGCAAAAAUUCGACUGGCAAAUGCAAAAAAGAAGUUAUCCGAGCUUUUUGAAAAUAAGUCUGGGGAUUGUUUACAAAGUAAAAGUGCUUUGCAUAGAGCAGUAAACAAGGUAAAGACAGAAAUGAACAUAAUUGAGAAAAUUAUAAUUACAAUAAAAGAAAUUUAUUGUGUUAGUGCUGAGGGUAAUGAGACAUUUAUUGAAGCAUUGGACAGGGAGCUUGAGGAAAUUCAAAUGAUGCUGUAGAGAAUCAUUAACAACAAUGCUUAGCCAUCGGUGAACUAGAAUCUGUAGGGUUUUCAGAAGGAUUUUCCAAGGGUAAAUCACAAGGGUAAAAGCACCUACAUUUAGUCAAAAGGGACUUAGUUCUGAAACAUCCCAGGUGAGAGGAUAUAAAACUAGUAAUUCAGAUAGCGUCUCGAUGAUUCUACCAGCAGUUAUUAGCAAUGGAAAUAGAACAAUACAGGUGAAUGUCAUGUUAGACACAUGUUCGACGAGUUCGUAUGUCUCGGAAGAGGCAGCCGCAGAGCUUGAAUUGCAAGGACAGCCACUCAAUUUGACCAUUUCAGGAACCGGUGGAGCUGAAAUCAAGCAACGUUCACGUUGUGUUGAACUGUUGGUGAGUAGCAUUGAUGGAUCAUUUUCAUCUUCUCUGCAAGCACAUGUUCUAAACAAUAUAGCUGGUGACACACCAUCAAUCCAAUGGUCCAAGAUCAAGGAGAAAUGGUCUCAUCUAAUUGAUGUUCCAUUUGAGCAAGUGUCGAAACGUCGUCAAAUUGAUGUGAUGAUAGGAAGCAAUCAUCCGUUGUUCCAUUUAGUACUGAAGGAUGUGAGUUGAAGCCAACCAACUGACCCAAUCGCUCGGUUGACAAAUUUGGGCUGGUUUGCUUUGGGCCGACCUUGGUGGAAGACCAUCAGAGAGAGUCUCGGGUGCAUUUUACACGGACGUAUCGAUCAUGCCAUAAUCAAGAUAACCAGCAGGAACCACCAAUUGAUGUCCUUCACCAAUUCUGGGAGUUAGAAUCGAUUGGCAUCAAAGAUCAAACAGACCAUCCUAUGACUGCUGAAGACAGAGCUUGCGACUACACAAGUUUCGAGAACACUUAAAUUCAAGGACGGAAGAUACAAACUUGGAAUGCCCUGGAAGGACGGUGAACCAAAGUUAGACUACAAUUUCGAAGCCGCUAUGUGUCGUCUGGAGAGUCAAGAAAAGUAAUUGAAAAGAAAGGGUCCAGAGAUAAUGAAGGCUUACUGUCAGAUUUUCGAGGACUAUAAGAAGAAGGGUUAUAUAAAGCAAGUACCUAAGUCGGCGGCAUUGGAUCAGUGGUUCUUGCCCCAUUUUCCCGUAAUCAGAUUGGAUAAAUCGACGACCAAAAUUUGUGUCAUAUAAAUUUGUGUCAUAUAAAUUCGUGAAAUAUAAUGGGAAGAGUUUGAACGACGUUAUACGGUCGCGGCCUAAGCUUCAGCGAGAAAUAGUAGACGUACUUACACAUUUCCGCAGAGCACCUGUGGCACUUAGCGGUGAUAUAUCUGAGAUGUUCCUACAAGUCUGGAUUCGUGAGGAACAUAAAAAGUACCACAGGUUCCCUUGGCGUGAAUUUGACCCUACUCGAGAGCCGACCGUCUACGAGUUUCAGAGAUUAGUGUUUGGUAACACAGCCUCCCCAUUUUGUUCACAAUACGUCAUUCCACGCUUGGCAUUUUUUCUUCAGAAACGUCCAGUUCGUUUUUGCUGUACAAGAAAUUCUUCAAUUUUUAUUCUUCUACAAUAUUUGACCUUUACAUAGAAUAUAUCAUUUCUAACAAUCUGAUGUUUUUUGUUUUUGAAAUUGUUACAUUUUUGGCGGGAAAAUAACGUGACGAAAUUGGCGCCAAAAAUUUAUAUAACAGAUAUGGGUUUUCUUCUGAAUAAAUCUGAAAGAGCAUACUGUAAGAACCUCAAAUGUGAAGUCUGUUUUGUAAUGGCCCAAUUCAUGGCGAAGAUAUAGCUAGUUGAAUUUCGAAAAUUCGCCAUUUUGUUACUAAAAAUAGAACAAAAUGGUGGAUUUCUUGUAUUUUGAACUGAUAUAACUUCGUAAUGAAUAAUCAUAAUCUACAACGCACUUCAGAUUUGAGGUUCUUACAGUAUACUCUUUCAGGUUAUACCGAAAAUCAGCUGUAUCUGUUAUAUAAAUUUUUGGCGCCAAAUUUGUCACAUUAUUUUCCCGCCAAAAAUGUAACAAUUUCAAAAACAAAAAACAUCAGAUUGUUAGAAAUGAUAUGUUGUAUGCAGAUGCAAAAUAUCGUAGAAGAGGAACCAAAAUUGAAGAAUUUCUUGUACAGCAAAUACGAACUGGACGUUUCUGAAGAAAAAAUGCCAAGCGUGAAAUUCAAACCCAUUGUCAACAACAUGCAGCAGAAUUUCCAGAAGCGGCAGACUCAGUGGCCAAUUCGAUGUAUGUAGAUGAUCUUCUAGAUUCCAGUGAGACAGUUGAGAGCACCCAGAACCUACGAUAUCAGCUUACUUCUCUUUUAGCAUCAGCGGGAUUCAACCUGAGAAAAUGGGCAUCAAAUGAGACCGCAGUUAUCGAGAGUAUAGUACCAAGUGACCGACUUUCAACAUUGGAUUUCGGCAAAGAGGAGACGUUGAAGAUUAAAACUUUAGGUGUUAUGUGGAAAGCCAAAGAAGACGUUUGUUUUUACUUUUCAAGUCAAAUUACCGGAAUCCAGUAA